ACCCAGCGGCGUAUUUCAACUGCUUCUUCUUUCUCAGCACAACGCGAGGCGACGAGGAGAAAGAGAAGAAGAAGAAAAUCCAUGGCGAAGCUACUCCUUUCCAUCGUUUUAAUCGCCGCGAUCGCUCUAUUCGUUUCCGCGAAGAAAUCGGGGGAUGUGACAGAGCUCCAGAUCGGUGUGAAGUACAAGCCAGAAACUUGCAGCAUUCAAGCUCACAAAGGUGACCGAAUUAAAGUCCACUAUCGAGGGACGCUCACUGAUGGCAAAGUUUUUGAUUCCAGCUUUGAGAGAGGUGAUCCGAUUGAAUUUGAACUUGGCAGUGGCCAAGUAAUUAAAGGAUGGGACCAAGGGCUUUUGGGUAUGUGCAUUGGAGAAAAGAGGAAGUUAAAGAUACCGGCAAAGCUUGGCUAUGGCACUCAAGGAUCGCCGCCCUCCAUCCCAGGCGGAGCUACACUAAUAUUCGAUACGGAGCUGGUUGCUAUUAAUGGCAAGACAUCGGAGGAUGGCAAAUCCGCAGAGGCCAACAGUGAGCUCUAGUUUUUAGGGCAAUCAACUUCCAUUUUAGCUACGUGGGGACAUGAACGUCUUAGUUACAUUCUUGCGCUGCUCGAGUAGUUAGCUAAUCUGUGGAGUCCAGAGAGAGAAUUUCGGUAUCCUGCAUUAAGGAUGUUGUUUUUGAGAUUUCAUCUUUGGAAUGAUAGAUUAAUCUGAAACUCCUUUUGUUAGGACCUCUUUUUUGUUUUUUUGUUGUAUGUUUUCUGAUUUAUUGUGAUGUUAUUAGCUCGUCUGACA